AUGGACUUUCUAGAUGAUGAGAUCGGAGACGACUCUGAUGUUCUAGUCCCCAGUUCCCAACGCGACCUGAAUCCGCGCGCUCGAAAGCGCCGCCGACUUGAUUCCAAUUCGGACGAUUCUUCAUGCUCGGAGCACGACCAAUACGAUUUGCCGACAAACGAGGAUGCCGCCGGAAAAGAAAAUAGAAAGUCUAAGUAUGAAGAACGUAUCUAUGUCCCUCAGUAUGGGGACCGUCCGGCAGAUACCUUUGUUACACAAUUGACUCAGCAGCAUUCCAGUCCAUCUAGAAUCAGAGGUGCAAGAUGGAUGAAACCUCGGAAGAACCUGUCGCCCUCAUCUUCCGCCGAGAGACAUCGUACUACCACCGUAAGCCGUGGUUCCCAGAUCGCUACCCAUAGUGAUGAGUUUGAAGUGGACGAGGACGAUCUCGAACUAUUGGAAGCCUUGAACGACUGUGACAGCACGACGAAUAGAAAUGACAACGCAAUCCUAGAAAGUGUGCAGGGCGGUAUCAUUCGCAAUCCUGCUCCUCGACUUCUACAGAAAUCCAACUCUUUCCGUCAAACGACUCUGCACGGCAUUCAUACUACGCAGCCUCCUGCGACGCAAUCGCAGUCCAGGGUCCACAAUUGGCCACUGGCAAAUCGGAAUGAGCCCCCAACUCAUCAUGAUUUAGAUUAUGAUGCUUUGGCUACGUGGGUCUAUCCUACAAAUCUUGGUCGAAUUCGAGACUACCAAUAUAACAUUGUGCACAAGGGCCUUUUUCACAAUGUAUUGGUCGCCUUGCCCACCGGCCUCGGGAAGACAUUCAUUGCCGCUACUAUCAUGCUGAACUGGUAUCGAUGGACGAAAAGUGCACAAAUUGUCUUUGUGGCGCCGACAAAACCACUAGUCUCGCAGCAGGUUGAUGCCUGCUUCAACAUUGCUGGUAUCCCGCGAUCUCAGACCACGAUGUUGACUGGGGAAGUUUCUCCAGCGAUCAGAGCAGAGGAGUGGCAAGAGAAGAGGGUUUUCUUCAUGACGCCUCAGACCUUGAUCAACGAUCUCAAACAUGGGUACUGUGAUCCCAAAAGGAUUGUGCUAGUUGUGGUUGACGAGGCACACAAGGCAACCGGAAGUUAUGCGUAUGUGGAAGUGGUCAAAUUUUUGAGACGAUACAACUCCAGUUUUCGUGUCCUGGCUCUUACAGCAACUCCAGGGAAAGACGUAGAAAAGGUGCAAGAAGUGAUCGAUGGUCUCGGAAUCGCUAGAGUCGAAAUCAGGACCGAGGAAUCGUUGGAUAUACGCGAAUUUGUUCACAAGCGAAAUGUCGAAACCCAGAUCUUUGAGAACUCGGAUGAGAUCACCAUGUCGUUAGAGAUGCUUUCAGCAACACUGCAACCUCUGUUGAACAAGUUGCACUCUCAAGGCGCUUCUUGGGGGAAGGAUCCGCGAAUGAUCACCCUUUUCGGUCUGAAGAAGGCUUGGGAAAGGUGGCAAUUGUCAGAAGCUGGCAGAAGAGCUCCACAUUCUGUGAAAGGCAUGAUCAAAGCAAUCUCUUCUACUCUGAUGAGUCUGGCGCAUAACAUCGAAUUGUUGAAAUACCAUGGCAUCGGACCUUUCUACCACAAGAUGAACAUUUUUGCAGGCGAGGCCUCCGGUGGUGGCAAAUACGCGAAACAAAUUGUGGACGAUGAAAACUUCAAGAAACUGAUGGUUCGGCUCAAGGGGUGGAUUAACAACCCUGAGUUUGUCGGACAUCCCAAACUGUCUUACUUAAAGACGGUCGUGCUUAAUCACUUCAUGGAUGCUGGUGAGAGUCGAAGUGGUAGCAACGACGCCAGUUCUUCGAAUACUAGAAUCAUGAUUUUUACGCACUAUCGAGACAGUGCCGAGGAAAUUGUCAGAGUACUGAAUCGCCAUGGUCCUAUGAUCCGAGCACAUGUGUUUGUUGGCCAGUCAGGCACGAAAGGUGGCUCCGAAGGGAUGGAUCAAAAGACGCAAUUGAGCGUUAUCAAACAAUUCAAGGCGGGAAAAUACAACACUAUUGUCGCAACGUCAAUCGGGGAAGAAGGUCUCGACAUCGGUGAAGUCGACUUGAUUGUGUGCUAUGAUUGCUCGAAAUCGCCUAUCAGAAUGCUUCAACGCAUGGGCCGGACAGGGCGCAAGCGGGCCGGAAGUAUCGUUUUGCUCAUGAUGCGUGGCAAAGAAGAAUCCGAUUUUGCCCACUCAGAGGACAAUUAUCAAAAGAUGCAGGAAAAGAUUGCAAGUGGCAAGGAGUUCAAUUUCCAUGAAGAAUUGUCGGCGAGAAUCGUACCUAAAGAAAUCGUACCCGCGGUCGACAAACGUGUGGUGGAUAUUCCGGUCGAGAAUACGCAGCCUGGCUCGGUUGAGCCCGCGAGGCGGAAACCCAAGAAUGCCAAAAAGCCACCGAAGAAGUUCCAUAUGCCGGAUGGCGUUGAGACGGGCUUCACCUUCUUGGGGAAUGGAAAGAAGAACGAGAGAUCCAAGACUAAGGAGGUUCCGACAAAGCGUGUAGAGUCGAAGAAGGACUGCGAUGUCGCCGCAUUACCUACUUUGAACGACGUGCUGUUAUCCGAAACCGAGGAGCGGGAUCUCGAAGACCGCUAUGUCCGACUCGCGGGCGCCGAAGACGAGUACAUCCAAAUCGUGCGGUUCGACGUUUACCCACACCAACAGCAGCAGCUUGGAAAGACCGCUGUCGUCAAACACUCAAGGACAACGAAGACUUUGGUGGGAGCCUUCAGAGCCAUGCGGAAUCCAAGACAAGGUUGGAGUCGGCCAUCGGAAUAUGUGAUGCUUCCAGAGGACGACGAGGCCUUGCCUGAGUUGCUGGAAACGAAACAGUCAACGCAUGUGAACAAAGCUCAGAGAACGAACCCGAAACCUCGAGCAUUUCCUCCAACAGCUGUAUCCAGCGGCACCUUCAGGAGUAGCUCUAUCGGCGAGUAUGACGACAAUGACAGUUUCAUCGACGACGAAGAAGCGGAUCCCAGACCUUCCCAUCCGUCAGAGGUUGGACCACCCGCCAUGUCAGUGCUCGACGAUAGUACCGAUGACGACCUGUUUUCUCCUCCACGGAAGAUGCCGGGUUCAUCACUUAUCCUCCAAGAGAGAGGGGCUCAGGCGGAGAAACGAUUCUACGUAUCUCAGCAAAGCAUCGAUUACGACGCAGUGGAUGAUGACUUUCCUGAUCUAGAGGCCCUCGUUUCAGCAAAGACGAACAAAAUUAACGCAUGCAAGGCGAAAACCCACAGCUCCCCGAUACGUGUUUCUCCAGUGACUAGAGACAAAGCGGCGAGUCACGGACGACGAAAAGGUGCACGGACGGUGCUCGACAGUGAUGACGAAGAAUGA